AUGCGCGCUGGAUACUCUGCCUACACGCAAGCGCGUGCAGGUGGGCGGAAGCGACAGUCGGGGUUGCACGUGUAAUGUGAGGUGAUGGAAGGGGCGAUGCAUACUACCGCCAAGGUCUGCACUGAGACUGGCAUAGAAUUUAGCCCUCGGGGUCCUGGGUGCAGCCUCAGGCACUUUGCUUGUGAACAGAACCUGCUGUCCCGGCCAGAUGGCUCUGCUGCUUUCCUGCAAGGUGAUACCUCCAUCCUGGCUGGUGUGUAUGGGCCUGCAGAGGUGAAGGUCAGCAAAGAGAUCUUCAACAAGGCCACCCUCGAAGUGAUCCUGAGGCCGAAGAUUGGGCUGCCUGGCGUGGCUGAGAAGAGUCGGGAACGACUAAUCAGAAACACAUGUGAAGCCGUGGUGCUAGGAGCCCUGCACCCCCGCACCUCUAUCACAGUGGUGCUGCAGGUCAUCAGUGAUGCUGGCUCCCUCCUCGCCUGUUGCCUGAAUGCUGCCUGCAUGGCAUUGGUGGAUGCAGGUGUGCCCAUGCGGGCUCUCUUCUGUGGCAUCACCUGUGCCCUGGACUCUGAUGGGACCCUAGUGCUGGACCCCACAGCCAAGCAAGAAAAGGAGGCCCGGGCAGUCCUGACUUUUGCUCUUGACAGUGUGGACCGGAAGCUGCUGAUGUCUACCACCAAGGGGCUCUAUUCUGAUGCUGAGCUCCAGCAGUGCCUGGCUGCAGCCCAGACUGCCUCGCAACAUGUCUUCCGCUUCUACCGGGAGUCAUUGCAGAGGCGCUAUUCCAAGAGCUGAAGCAAGCCGGGGCAGGGCACCCCCACCCACUUCCUUGGCCUGAAGCAAGCCAGCGGCCCUCUGUCCCCCUAUGCCCAUGUUGGCUUCCAGUCCUGUAGCUGCUGGGCCUCCUGGGGAGGGGGCUUAGGAGCUCGGUCUUGGUCCCUGACAUCCCUGGGCCAGGGGCACAUGACCCCCACCUCUCUAUAAGGCAACAUUAAAGGCAGCUCACUGGUUUUGAGUGAAUGAG